AUCUAAAUUUACAAUGGCUAUCUCCACGACAAAGCCACCACCGACAGAGUCGGCCACCAUCCAGAAACACCUUCAACUCUUCAACCUUGUCAUGUACAUCCUGAUUUUCGUAGUGAGCGUGACGGCGAACAUAUUCAUGAUCUUGGUACUACGAAGAAAGUUUCGACGGCACAGGAAAACAGCCAAAAGCUUUAUCAUUCUCAUGAACAACCUAGGUAUCUCUGGCCUGGUUCUCGUAAUAACGUCCAUUCCAUUUGACCUUGUGGAUCAAAACAUAUCAGACGAGUGGCCUUUUGGUGCCGGAGGUUGCAAAAUUUUGUGGCCAUUACAGACUGCAGCUGUUCAGGCCAUGGUGUAUUCAUACGUGGCACUUGCGUAUCACCGAUUUCACGGCUUGACUAGGUUAGUACGGUAUACUCUCUCUUAACGGACACCUCUGUAAUUAAACGGACACCUAGAGUUAGUCCCUGCAUUUCUAUUCUCCCUUAAGUUGCCUUUCUAUAAGACGGACACCUCUCUAGGACUAACCUGCGUAGCAAGAGGCGAAAGGGGAAGGAGAAGAAGAUUAGGAGGAAGUGAAAAACUUAGAGCUGGUCCCAAAGUGGUGGUCCGCCCGUCUUAGAGACAGUCGACUGUAAAGGCUUGUGCGCUAUAGGCAAAUCUGAGCAUCGGGGCAACAUUGCCUAAGGGUGGUAUGGAAAGGCAUAUUCGCUAUCCCAUUUCAACAUUUCGUUGUGGAAAUUCUCGAAGUAAAGUCGUCACCAAAACACACUAACGACGUAAGAAUGAAAGCGAGGCCUAAGGGCCACCAGAUUUUCCGCAAAUUUCAAAAAAAGGAAAAAGGGCGGCGAAAACAAGAAUGAUUUGUGAUUUAAAGAUUAAAAAUUAUCCUCAAAAGAUAUUCCUGGAGCAGUUAUAGUAAAUGAACGUGCGUUGGAAAGUGGACAGUGGCAGAAACUGACCUUUGGUAAGGAUCCUUCGAAAAUACAUGAAACGUCAAGUCUUUCCUAUUAUCGGAACGAUUAUAUUACAAAGCUCUGCUGCGCAGUAUUUGUGAGAACUAUUUUAUGUGGUAGUUGUAUGGUGCGCUUCUGCCACUUUAUUCAAUUUUUAGUUACAGUCUAACCUCUCCUUACGGACACCUCUCUGAUCUAUUACGGACAGUUCGUUUGGUCCCAGAAAUGCCAAAAAUCAUAGAUCCCCUACCUCUAUAAUACGGACACCUCUGGACAUUUGUUUAAAGCAGACACUUGGGUCUGUCCCUUUGGUGUCCGUAUUAAAGAGGUUUGACUGUAAUUGCUAUGUGGCCCGUAGAACUCGCUUUCAUGAUCUUUCAUGUGUACGUCGCAAGUGUGUAUUGCACUACUUAAUUUUAUCACCAUCUGACAAGUUGAUAUAAAGUAAAGAAGCUUUUUAUUCUUCACCUUAUUGUUACAGAGGCUUGUUCGGACAGAUGAAGUUCAUCACCGCUGUUCUCAUGACAUUCUUCAUCUGGAUUAUAAGCUUCGUGACGGUUAUUCCUUAUGUGCUGAACCUCGACUACAAUUACGAAAACAAAACCUGCGAAGAAAACUGGGACUCAGAAGUUGCCGAAAAGGGUUAUUCAGUAGCCUUGUUUUUGCUUGAUUAUCUGCUACCUCUGAUCGUCGCUCUGAUUUUGUACUUGUUGGUCUGGGGAAAACUUCAACGGUAAGAAUAAGGAAGGCGUAUUUCUUAAAGUGUUCUGAGCGUCAGUAAAGUCAGCAGAAUAUACCACAGUUUCCAAUCAGCAUUUGAUGCAGCCAAUCAUAAAAGCCAUGAAACACAAAGGAAAUGCAUGUAGUCGACGCAAAGCGCGGAAAACUCUAGACCGAUCACAAGCGAGCUUAAGCAAAGACGUUUUUGAGCGAUGCACGCUAACCGGAAAAGGAUUUCUUGAAUUCUUGGGCAGUGCUUUUGCCCAGAUUUUAAGCAAAUCGUCUCUAUAAGAGUAAAGAAACUUAGCAAGACAAAUUUGUCGGGCGUCAAGGCUUAUUGAAUGGUAAUGGAGCUUAUUUCCGGUUGAGGUGCGGGGCUCAAAAACGCCUUUACUUUUCUCCCUACAGUCGAACCUCCCUUAAGCGACCGCCCAAAAUGCAAAGACUGAGUGAUCGCUUACGGGAGGUGGUCGUUUACAAGAAUCGAACCACAGGGGUCUCUUCCUUCCAAAGUUCUUCGUAUAUUCUAAGUAACAUAGUGCACACAGCGAGCAUAGAGAUCAGAGAUUGUGACAAGUGGUCGCUUACAAGAGGUUAAAAACAAUGGAAAAUCAUUAACCGUCAGGGCCAAAUAGUGGUCGCGGUCGCUUACAGGAGGUGGUCGUUUACUAGAGGUUCCAACUAUAAGGCUUUGACUGGGAAAAUUUUGGUGUUUUGGAUUGGCGUUCGCUUACGAGAGGUGAUCGCACAUGGAGGUUCGACUGUAUUUAGAAUCACAUUUACCGCAAACGGCGAAGUUUUUGCCGUACUCUUCGUUCUCUCUUCGUUAUAUCUACAGAACGAUGAGUUUUUAUCGUCUCAUAUCCUAAUCUGAGAAAGAGUGUUAAGUUGAAAAACUGACGUUUGCCGUUUGCCUUAAUAGUGAUCAGUUUAAAUCCAAAUUUUCAAGAACUGUCCAAUCUAUAGGACUGCGCUAACCCAGAUAACCAUAUUCCGUUAACCCCCCCCCCCCCCCCCCCUUCCUUACGGCCUGACUCCUCGGUUCACAAAAAUUGCUGCUUAUUUUUAGUGGUAUUUAGUAUUACGCUUUCUUUCAAUUUACUCCUAGUUUUAAAGUCCUUGAUCCUGAACGUGUCGGCCGCCGUGACCGUCACCAGCGUAUUCUCCGCAUGUUGGUCGCAUACAUCGUCAUAUUUGCCAUCUUACUCUUGCCGUAUCACAUAAUGUGGUUUAUUAAAGAUUUCGACGAUGGCGAGGAGAAGUUAUACUUCCAGGACACGCUUAACGUCAUACACAUGUUCACGUACAGCGUAACCGUUUUCAACCCCAUUAUUUUCUUUCUCUACAAUCCCGAGUUCAAGCGGCAUUUAAGGUAUCUGAUCCAAUGUCAGUGCAUCACGAAGAAGGAGAUAUUCAGCUUGGAAAAUCUCUCCGAGUCGUUUUCCGAAGAGUCAGAUCCACCUCCUCGCCUCCGAGCGAAACCUAAAGCGAAGCCGCUGUAUGACUACAAGUACGACACCAAAUCAGUGGAAAAUAACUACGCCUCUACGCCGACCAUGUCACGCGCCGAAUUCGACACAAUGCCGCCUGAAAACUCCUCAGGGCUCGGAUUGGUUGAAGCGAGCUUGUUUCCAGCGGCAGCGGGCCGACUUCGUGGGCAGGAGAAACAGAGAGGGUCGUCGCCAUCAGCUUCACCUCCACCUUCGGAACUGAUGUACGAUAACACUGACGCACGAAGCGCUGGUUCUUUUGACCAAGGAAGCGAGAUGUUAUGAGGUUCGUCUUGUAAUGCUCUUAAUGCAACAGGAGCCAAGAGUGUUUUAGUUUAGCUUUGAGCCCACGAGUAUGAGUACAGUGGAAUCCCGAUUUUUCGAACCACCUUGGAAAAGCAAAUUGAUUCAAAUUACCGGGAAGCCGGGUUUGAAAAAUCGAAGGUAAAAUUACAGUGUUUGACUGGUGAAGAGAAGUUAGGUUUUGGCUCCAAAAAUCAGGAAUUCCGCCGGAAAAAGGGAGGGUUCGAGAAAUCGGGAUUCUACUGUCAACGCUUAGGGUCUUUUAACGAAGAUAGUAAAGUGCUUUACUGUCUUUCUUUGACAUGCCAAUUAAAGGACAAGGAGUGAACUGUGUUUUUGUUCGUCAAUAUUAGUAAGAAGCGCUUUGUAUAUGAGAGUAUUGCAAGUGUAAAAUAAUGCGCACAAUAACCCAACCUAGAGAAUAUACUUUAUUCUGAUUUGAUUUAAGCUGAUUCAAUAUUUGAUUUAAGUAGAGUAGUCUUAGGCGGCCACCGGUUCUUUUUUUGAAGAGGCAUAUAUGAGCUCGACAAUCACAGUGGCAGCGGAAGGGGCGCCAACGAAAGGGGCUGUAACGACUAUUAGAAAGUUUUAACAACGACGAGAGCGGCAGAGGCGAGAACGUCGAAUUCGAAGCCAUGAUUCCAAGUCACUGAAUAUUCCCAAAGUUGGCCUUAGGCGACUGCCAAUAAUUUGAAUAAUAGAGGAUGUCUAACGUUCUUCUAACAAAGCUGAAUAUUCUUUUUUUUUUUUUUUUUACAAAGAUUACGUGUCGGUGUUUCUUUUGGGUGCUAUUGUGUUAUUUCAAUCUUAAACUUGCCGCCAAACAUUGCCUUAAGAACAUACGCCAAUUAGGCUCGCAAAUCCUUUUCAUUUCUAAGGACCUACCAGUGAGAUCACUUUUGUCUUUAUCUUACACAUCAGCAAGGAGAGAUCAAUCCAGAUAAGCUUUCUGUCAACGAAACUUUCGUGAGCUUGACCCUUCUACGUAUUCUUUUUUCAACACUGAUCCAAAUAACGGCUGGACUAAGUUUGCACCUAAAUUCUCACGACGUUUUUCCGAUUUCAGUUCUUGCUAGCUCAGACGUCGCUUAGAACCGUUAGUUGAUCGGGGUUUAAAAAGAACCCACUUUUUUCACUCCAGGUUUGUCUCACUUUCCUUUCUUAAACUUGGCGUGAUGCUUCUUAAACGGCGAACAAAUCGCUAAGUUUCCGCCAAUUACGAAGUGACCAUGGCAAAAGAAUUUUUGAAGACUUUCCUUGCCUUCGUGGAUCAACAUGUUCGAUGCUAGAAAUGUCAAUCGACGUAGAAUGUCUGUGAUAAUGAUGAUGAGAAGGAUGAUGAUAGUGAUAAUGCUGAUAAUGAUGAUGGGGAUGGUGACGAUGAUAAUGAUGAUGAUUAUGCUGGGGGUGGUGAUGGUAGUGUUGCUGUCCAGUGCUAGGUAGGUCGAGCAACAAUGAAUAAUCACUUAAUAGUUUUACAUGUAACAUGUACUGGUGUAGCUAGCGAUGCGAUAAGAGUUGCGUAAUGGUGUGCCUACUUUUAAGCGAGCAAACUCUGACAACGGGAACUGAAAUGAGACCACGAUAUUAAAACAAUGAGCAGCUCAAAGGAUAUUUAUUAUAGAUAUUCAACAUAUAUAACAACGGCAAAUUGCUUGAAAAAAAAGUGUGAAAUUAAGGACCAUUUAUCUUAUAGUUUUCUGACAGCUCCGCCAUUUUUAUAGAACAUGAACGGCGAAGUACUACUGACCGAACGGCGGUAAAUAAGAUUUCUUUUAUCUUACAGAAAACUGAUUGAUACAACAUAUAUAUAUGUAGUGUAUGUAGUGCGUUAUGGUAUAUAAGAACCACAUGCAUUUAUAGAUAUAUGAUAGAAUAACCGAAUCUUUGUUUCAAUAUGUUGUCACAUUAACACAUUUUGCUUAUCUUCCCUGACCAAGCUUUUAAAACAACAUCUCCAUAUAUUGAAUCCCGAAUUACAGAAUAGUUUGGGAGGAUUUCUUUUCAAAAACCCUUGCUCAUUUUGCAGCAUCAUAUCAUUGUUAUUUCCUCAGAUACUGAGUAAAAAAAUUUUGCUCAGGUCGACCAGCUCUUUCAGCUUUUAAAUCCAUUUGUAUAUAAACCGACGCCAUUUAAACUAGUACCUUAAUGAGCAAAAAUCUAAACAGUGACGUGAGCUAAGAUUCACCAACAGUUUGUAUUAUUUACUGGGAAUCAAUAAUAUUUUAUUUACGCCAUACCGCUGUAUAAGCCAUAAUUAUUGUUAUUCGCCUGAUCCAGGCUCCAAGAUAUAAUUCUUCACUUUAGUAACACCAAGGAAACUGCGUCGAGUUAACUUAUGGCAAAGACUUCCGGGACUGUUACUGGAGACAGGAGAAAAUAUUGGCCAAUAGGGAGCUUAAAAGGCGUCUUUGAGCGACGCACGUUAACCGGAAGUGGACGUUUUACAUUCUUGAGCGGUGGUUUCGCCCAAAUUUUAAGUCAAAUUGUCUCUAUAAGAGUAAAGAAGCUAAGCAAUACAAAUUUUAUAUCGUCAAGGGAUAUUUAGAGGGAAAAGACGUCACUUCCGGUUGACGCCCGUCGCCCAAAAACGCCUUUGCGAAAGUUACCUAACAAGCUGACCGGCGCGUCCCCAGAAAAUCCCAGAAACCACUGCGGGACGCAGUUCGGCUCCAGUUCCCUUCUCGUGCCAAAGUGGCGAAUGUACAGCGAUCGUGAAAACUGAUGCGAAAAACGCGCGCGGCAAGAUCACGCGCUUCCUUUUUCUUUCCGCUUGACAUUGUUCCGGCAACGUACCUACUAUCUGAGAGCCUGGUACAGACUAUUAUUGUUAUAAGAAGUGUUUAUAUUUCAUGAGCAUCAAUAGUAAGCUGUGAUUUGUAUAUUCAAAUGCACACCAUAAACUGUCACUUAUAAGCUUCCCCACUUAUAAGCCUCUCUAGCUAUAGGCCCAUCUACCGCUAAACAAAAAAAUAUAUCCGAUUGUAAGCCCCCACCCCUGGAUUUGAGCCUCCCUCCAAAUGUUACGAAAUUGAUUUCGCCUUAUGAUAACGUUGUAAUGUAGAAUUCUUUUAAGCAAUUGACCACACUUUCUGUAGGUUUACCGGCGUAAUAACCCACGCGGUAUGUUGGGAGAACACAAUUCGGCUCGUGAUUUACAAGCUUUUCGAGUGUAAUCCCAAAAUCCCGUCUGGGUUAUCACGCUGGUAAACCCAUAGAAAGUGUGGUCUAUUGCUUUUAUAAAAUAACUUUAAGAUUUAUAUGAGUUUACUGGCACAAUAAACCAUAGGUUUUUAACCAAUCAGAACGCGUGUACUAUCUUAGUUAUUUUAUAAAGAUCAGUAAAUGUAAAACUUUUUUUGACCAGCACUGCUAUAGCUUUUUUUGGUAUGCGCCACCUCGGGUAUAAGGCCGUCUAAUUACAAGGCCUCCUAGAACCGCUUACGAAGUUGAAGAUGGACAAGCCCAUGGCUUAUAAGCGUCAGUUUACGGUAUGGUUUUCAUGAAAAGUAGUUAAAUAUUUUCUUAAUGGUUUCGGAAAUGUAUUGAUUUGAAGAUAAAAGAAAUAAACGUGCUGUUUAAUCUCUUCC